AUGAGAAGCUCGGUUUCAAUGCAGCACACCAGCGACGAGGAACUACUUUGUGCUUCGUUGAUGAGGAAUAGCAGAGAAAUUAAGGCCUUCUUCAACAGUAAGUUGAUGUAUUUAGUCAGGGAUGCUCAAUACCUUGCCCUAAUCGGAAUAAGAAGCGUCCAACAAAAACUGGGAGCCUAUUCCUCUUUGGAAGGAAUUAAAGAGCUCAUGGAUAACCUUGCACCAGGCACCACCCAACAUCCAAACCCCUCUCUAAUCCAUCAUAAUAAUAGUCAAGAGCAGCUAUUUACUCCUCCUCCCAACCAGCAACAUUUAUCCACCCCUGAAAAAAAAAGUACCUCUCAUGAAGAUAUGACCAACGAAGAAGAUUCGAGAUAUAAACCAUCAUCAAGUUGGAGAAAAGGGGAUAGGCAUGGUAUUCAAUUAUCUUCAGGAAAUGAAGAUCAGUUUGAUCCUUACUUGCCUGAUAAGCAUAACAACAUUCAAGCCUCACCAAUGAAAAAAUCCAACAACAAUUAUUUAAAUCAUCCAGCUCAACAUGCAAACUAUUUACCAACCCCAUCCUCACCUUUUUUCGAUGAGACUCGAUUUAAUGUUCCCAGUAGGCUGAAUGGAAAUGUACAUCAAAACUUUUUCAAUACUCCCAUUCCUCACGUGCAUGAUUACUUUAGCCCUUACCAAAAUUCAAAUCCAUAUCAAUCUUAUCCACUUAUACCUCCAACCACCUAUAUUCACUACCCUUCAUAUCCGUCACAUCCCCUUAAUACUCCUACAAUUGUGCAUCACGUAGCUCCGCAACAACCACAACGCAUUGAAUUCCAAAAUCAUCAAACAAACCACCAAACAAAUCAACAAACAAAUCAACAGCAGGUUGAACAUGCGCAUUUACCUGAGCAAAAGCCUAGUAAGAGAGCAGAUCUAAUAGUGAUACAAAAGGAGGAAAUCUCUCCUGCUGAAACGGAGGACUCAGAAGGGCCUCCAAAAGCUGUAGCUUGGUCUGCAGGCUUGGGAGGAAAUGUUAAGAAAAAGAAAUCAGAAACUCCAAAGAAAGAAAUCAAAAAACCUCCAGUUAAAAAGCUGCAUCGUCAUGCUUCCGUUCCUCCAAAAUUUGGGGUACCUUAUGACAUUAAUAAGGUGGAAUCAAAAAUCAAAGGUCAAAUAAUGAUGGACAAAAAAACAAAUCAACAUGCAAUGCAUGAACCAGUGCUUGUGACAUCCAAAAAAAGAAAUGAUUGA